AUGGAAACGGUAGCAACAAUGAGAGCAGAUAACGCCAGCUUACGAAAGAUUCAAUCGAAGCUAGUGCAGUGGGAAUUGAAAGAAAAUCCACUCGCUCCACUUAGUGCCACGCAAUCGGAUUUCAUCAAUCGCCUAACCGACCUGGCCAACGGCAACGUACCGGUGAGUGGCGGAAUAAUUUGUAGUGUCCCGCUAGCAGACGAUAGCAAAGAUCACGCAACAAACGAAGAGCUACCGGCCUCGCUGGAACAGUUCAAACAAUCUGCUUGCGUUAUCGAUUCCACGCAAAACUUUCUUUCCUGGUACAAUUCCAUUGAUGCCGAAAUUCUCGAACACUUCGACGAUGUGUACAUGGAAUACUACGAACAGCUGCGAUCGCGCACUAACGAAUGCGAUCAGAUGUUGCAGGAAAUCGAUGUGUCGCUCGAAUCGCUUCGCCAGCUGACGCAGGAGUUUAACUUCGUCUCGGAGAAAACAUCUUCGCUGCACCGGGCGAGUGAAAGUUUGCUGCAGGAUCAAACGCGGCUGAGUGAUACGGGCGAUGAGAUAAAGAAACGACUGAAGUACUUCACCCAGGCGGAAAGCAUAUCGCAGCGAUUGCACAAUCCUACAUUUUCCGUGUCGAACGAUACAUUUGUGGAUAUACUGAACACGAUCGACGAUUGCAUCGAAUAUAUGCGUGUGAACCCAUCGUUUAGUGAGGCAUCUACGUACGCUGUAAAGUAUCGCGCUUGUCUGGCCAAGGCUACUCAGAUGAUGAAAACGUACGUGUUCGGGAUUCUGUCGAAUGCCACAGCGCAGGUGCUCGCACCGAAGGGUCCCGGCGUUCCGCGAUCGUUAGAAGCACUCGAUCAGCCAAAAAUUGGCGAUCCCACGGCAGAUGCAGCGUUUGUUCUGUUCUAUGGGAAGUUUCAAGCAUCCUCACCGCGCAUUAAACGGAUCACUGGGUUGAUCGAGGAUCGUCUCGAUCGUAACCCGGACUAUGAACAGCUGCUUGGGGAGUUACACCAAAGCUAUCUUACCCAGCGAGCGACGAUCAUGAGAUCCGGUGUCGAUCAAGCUAUAAAGGAUCUCGCUAAAAAGCACAAAGGCGAUCAUUGCGCACUGGUACGCUCUGCUUGUGCCUUUAUGGUACACAUUUGUCAAGAUGAGCACAGGCUGUUUUAUCAAUUUUUCGCUAAACAAAGUGCCCAGCUUAUCAUUUAUAUGGAAGGAUUGUGCACCAUUCUUUAUGACACAUUACGGCCCUACAUUAUUCGUAUAGAUCAUCUUGAAACGCUGGCUGAAAUAUGUAGCAUUCUGAAGGUGGAAAUGUUGGACGAACACGUGUCCUAUAGUCCGGAAUCACUUGAAGCUUUCGCAAAGAUUGUCUACCAACUGCUGCAAGAUGUGCAGGAACGCAUUGGUUUCCGGGCACAGAACUACCUUGAGUCGGACAUUCGCAACUAUCGCCCAUCAGCGGGUGAUCUUGCCUAUCCGGAAAAGUUGGAAAUGAUGGAAAGCAUUGCACUUUCGCUGCAGGAAAACCAACACCUACCUCCCCAGCUAAGGCGAGCCGAUUCACGAAGCUCGAUUGCAUCGGGUAUGUCACUCGCGUCGCUUGAAACGACACCACCCACCACGGAUCCGGCCCUUAAAGUGAGGUCGGGAAAUUCUCCUGCCGACCUGCACGGCAUGUGGUACCCAACCGUGCGCCGUACGUUGGUUUGCCUUUCGCGACUCUAUCGCUGCAUUGACAAAGCCAUCUUCCAAAGCCUUUCGCAGCAAGCGUUAGCACACUGCAUACACAGUGUUUCGACGGCAGCAGGCCAAAUAGCGCAGAACCGUACCACGAUCGAUGGUGAGCUGUUUGAAAUUAAGCAUUUGCUUAUACUGCGCGAACAAAUCGCACCGUUUCGGGUGGAUUUUACCGCGAAAGAAACAAGUCUGGACUUUAGCAAGGUACGUACGGCUGCCUACGAAUUGUUGCAGAAACGAAAGCAACUGUUUUCACUCGGUUCGAACAAUGCGUUGCUUGAGUUUCUGCUGGACGGUACACCGCAGGUUCGAGAGCAACUGCUCGAUUCGCGCAAAGAUGUGGAUCGACAGCUGAAGAUGGUAUGCGAAACGUUUAUAAAGGACGCCACGAAACAACUCGUUGGGCCGGUGCUUACCUUUAUUGAAGCGGCACAAAAUCAUCUCCGCAAUCAACCGAGCGGUGGAAAGACGGUGACAGCUGCCGGUUCUGCAGCACCAUCUACAGCUGCUACAGGGAGUGGACAAAGCACGGGUAUGGCAUUACGAAUGGCAUCGUUCGCUGCGCCGCAACAAAUUAGCUCCAUCAUACAGGAGUGCUUGAGAAAUAUUAAAUCGAAACUGGCUGGUCUGCAACGUUCGAUGCAGUUGUAUCUCGCCAACAAGGAUACGGAAUUUAUCCUCUUCCGACCCAUUCGGAACAAUAUUAUUGGAGCAUUCGUAAAACUGGAGCAAAUUUUGAUGCUAAACGCCUACACGAAGGAUGAUCUGACGAUCGUAAGCUGUCCAUCGGCGGAACAAAUUUCUGUGCUGCUAUCGAGCGUUAACCUUGCCGGUGGAUCGUUGGCCGAACAACCGGUAGCUUCCUUUGGUAGUAAAGUACAACCGACGCGAAAGAUCAGCACCAGCUCUUCGGUGGGAAGCAAUGCGACAGAAACACAACAGACAAAGGCGCCAAUCGAAAAGAAGGUUAGCUUCGAUAGUGGAGCUAAUACGGUGGUCGAAAUCGAGCGAGUGGAAGAAUCGGAAAUAGAAAAGGGGGAGGAAGCUUUAGUGGAAGUACAGGAAGCAGCAACUAAUCAAUCAGAACCAACCUUAGCGCCAGAAUGA